AUGCCGCGUCGACUGUCUAGCACAUCCCCCGUCAACGACUCCCUCAACCCCUCAUCUCCCUCGUCCCCUGGAAAAAGCGGCAUCGCCGUCAAGGCACCCUCGAAGACCAACCGCCUGACCCAGUUCUUCUCGACCUCGCCCCGAGCCAAGGUCGAGCCGCAAACUGCGCGAGCAGCUCUUCAAACCGCUAGUGGUGCCAACCCACCGAUUAGCUCGGCCUCACUGUCUCUACCGACCAUCUCACUUUCGACUGCAACUGCGGACAAGUCGGAUAUGAAUGAACCGCCAACUACACUCUUUCAACCUCCAUCACCGGAAGAGGCUCGCCGUCUGGCUAAGCAACAUGCCCAGUUCGGCCCCAUUGGUCAUCCAAGCCACCGGUAUACCAGCCGGCACCCCGGUGGCCCCUUUCCGGAGCCUGUGAUGGAUGAGCCUCCCUAUUAUUAUCUCAUCACCACUUAUAUCAGCUACCUGAUUCUGAUUGCCUUUGGUCACGUCCGCGAUUUCUUCGGAAAGCGCUUUCGCGAGGAGAAUUACCGCCAUCUGAAGCCCCGGAAUGGCUACGCCGCCCUGAACAGUGACUUCGACAACUUUUAUGUUCGCCGCCUCAAACUGCGUAUCAACGACUGUUUCGAACGACCUGUCACUGGUGUCCCUGGAAGAAAUAUCACCUUGAUUGACCGAGCAACGGAUGACCACAACAAGAACUUCUACCUCACCGGUACCACAACCGACACAUUGAACUUGAGCUCGUACAAUUACCUCGGAUUUGCGCAGUCGGAAGGCCCAUGUGCAGACAUUACUGAAGAAUGCAUUCGCAAGUACGGCAUUACUCCUGUGAGCACUCGCGCGGAAGUCGGUACCCAGGACCUGCAUGUCGAGCUUGAGGAGUUAGUCGCUACCUUUGUCGACAAGCAAUCGUCCAUGGUCUUCUCAAUGGGCUUUGGUACCAAUGCAAACGUCUUUCCGGCACUGGUUGGCAAGGGUGACUUGCUCAUCUCUGACGAGCUAAAUCACGCCUCCAUCCGGUUUGGUGCGCGUCUCUCUGGAGCGUCUAUUGCCAUGUUCAAGCACAACGAUAUGCAUGAUUUGGAGGCCAAACUACGAGAGGCUAUCAGCCAGGGUCAGCCACGCACUCAUCGCCCCUGGAAGAAAAUUCUUGUAGUUGUUGAAGGUCUGUACUCCAUGGAGGGCUCUAUGUGCAAUCUCCCCGGCCUUAUUGCCCUGAAGAAGCGCUACAAGUUCUAUCUCUUUGUUGAUGAAGCGCACUCCGUCGGCGCCAUCGGUCCUCGUGGUCGGGGUGUCUGUGACUAUUUCGGUAUCGACACGAAGGAAGUGGAUAUUCUCAUGGGUACUCUUACCAAGUCGUUUGGUGCCAAUGGAGGUUACAUUGCCGCCGAUAAGGUGAUGAUUGACAAGCUCAAGGCGACCAAUUCUGGCAUGUACUAUGGAGAGUCGACGUCCCCAGCUGUUAUUGCGCAGAUCAUCUCAGCACUACGACUUAUUAAGGGUGAACUGAUUCCCGGUCAGGGAGAAGAACGACUACAGCGCUUGGCCUUCAACUCCCGGUACCUACGUCUUGGAUUGAAGCGUCUUGGCUUUAUAGUGUACGGUCACGACGAUUCGCCAAUUAUUCCUGUUCUCCUCUUCAACCCUGCCAAGAUGCCCGCCUUCUCCCAUGAAAUGUUGAAGCGCAAAAUCUCGGUCGUCAUUGUCGGAUAUCCCGCGACGCCUCUGGUUUCCUCGCGCGCUCGAUUCUGCGUCUCGGCUGCACACACGAAAGAAGACCUUGACCGAAUCCUGACAGCUUGUGACGAGAUUGGAAACAUCCUGCAACUCAAAUUCUCCACGGGUGUCGCUGGUGGUGGCACCCCCAUGAAUGAAGACAUGGCACCGCCCCCUGAGAAGGAAAUCCAGUGGCAGCAGAAGCGGAAUCUGAGAAUCGUCCCGCCGCGGUGGCGCAUCGAGGACGUCAUUAGGCGUGGCGUCCAAGACGUCAAGUCACCGCUGUAUUAG